CUCUUGGUGAUAAAUAAAAUCAAUGGUAGCCAUGAAACUGGCCAAGCGACUGGUAAUGUUCUAAAUGAAGCGAAUAAAAGCUUGAUACCAGGCGACAAGAUGGCAUCAAAUGGAUCGCAUACACUAGUUGGCAACCGUGUGGGCAUCAUCGGCACGGGAAUGAUCGGGCUGGUUGCUCUCAAAAACCUCAAGGAACAGGGCCUGGAAGUCACGGCGAUCGAGAGAAACGAAUUCAUCGGUGGGACUUGGCAUGCCACCCCACGAAAAGGCGAGACUACUGCGCUUCCUUGGACUUCGUUCAACACCUCGAAACAUUCGGGCCAUUAUACUGAUUUCCCUUUCCCCAAAGAUGCCCCUACACAUCCCGGUGCCAAAGAUGUUGAGCAAUACCUUGAAGCCUAUGCCGAACACUUCGACCUUUUGCAACACAUACAGUUCUCGAAGAAGGUGACGAAGGUCGAGCGUGAUGAAGUAACUGGGAAAUGGACAGUGUUUACACGCAGCACCAAAUCUGAUCCCAACAUUUCACCGGAAGAGACGCAGGCAUUCGAUCGAUUGGUUAUAGCCACGGGAAUGCUCAAUGUGCCAGUCGAUGUGAAGAUCAAAGGCAUCGAGAGGUUCGAGGGAGAGGCUAUGCACUCCCGCGACUUUAAGGAGCCUAACCGUUACGAGGGCAAGAAUGUGCUCGUCGUAGGCAUUGGGGCCACAGGAGCUGACACUCAGUCAUUCCUAAAAAGGACCAAAGCUCGUUCAAUUUAUCUCAGCCAUCGUGGCCAGUACUUCUUGGCAUGGCCGUGGCUGGAUGAACACCCUUCCUUCAUGCCUCCUCGAAUCUUGGAUGGCGUCGAACAUCGCGUCCCUCUCUUCUCAGACGACUUGGCAGAUAAUCUCAGAGAAGGCACCACCAAAGCCGUUGCUGGAAUCAGCGAGAUCGUAGGACCCAAGUCGGUCAAGUUGGCAGAUGAUACUGUUCUCGAAGACAUUGACGCCAUCAUCGUCUGCUCUGGGUACCACUACGACUUUUCCCUGAUCAAGGGAGACGGGAACCCCACCGAUCCGGACAAGGCGCCGGACCAUUAUGAGCGCAUCAACGCGGCCAAGUACAAAGACCCUCAUGACAGCUUUCCACGUCUCUAUCGCGGGUUUAUCUCCGAGCAAUACCCCGAAUCCCUCGCCGUCUUGGGCCACUUCUUGGUCAUGGGACCGCCGUUCUUGAUAUACGAUCUCACAACCAUGGCUCUAGCCAGUCUCUGGAGUGGCGCUGCCCCCACCCCCACCAAGUCUGAGAUGGCGCAAGACAUUGACACUCAUUACGCCAACGUUGUGGAGACACUCGGGCGCGGGCCGAUGCCGCACAUAGGGAUCCGGAUGUUCGGCAGCGCUACAUACGACUGGCUCAACGAGACUGCCGGGACCGGGGUAACAGAUCGUCUUGCAUCUUUUGGUCGCGAAGCUUGGAGUUUCUGGUGGUCCGAUCGGAAGUUUUAUAAUUUGCUUAUGGACGGAGUGUCCUCACCACCAAUGUACCGGCUUUUUGACACGGGGCGGGGCCGUAAGCCUUGGCCCGGGGCACGGGAGAGCAUCUUGGCGAACAAUGAGGAUCCAAACCUAAACAAGGAUCCAGCUACUGGGAGCACCAUGGCCACCGUUACCGUUGCCCGACCCGUCCAACCGGACAUUCAAUACGCCCCGGAUCGUCAAAAGUGGCAGAGCCGGGUUGCACGCCGGGUUCAGGAGGGCAAUUUUCCCAAGACACUGCCUGCUGGCCUCCCGGCGCAGUUCAAGAGUGACCUGGUGUGGGAGGGUUCGACGCUGGCUAACACGUACGACUGGACUUAUGUGCUCACCACAGAGCAGCUCGACGAACUUGAUGCAGCCCUGGCACAUUUCAAAUCGCUAGGAUUGCCCCUCGGUCACAUUAACCAGGAGACGUUCCCGCUGCCAAAGUUACACCCCGAGCUGCGCAAGCUCUCAUAUGAACUGCACAAUGGCCAUGGAUUCUUCGUCAUUCGUGGCUUGCGCGUAGAUGAGCAUACGAGAGAAGAAAACAUCAUCAUCUACGCCGGUCUUUCUUCACACGUCGCCCCUCAGCGCGGUCGCCAGGAUAGACAAUACGAUGGCAAGGCGGCUGAUGUUGUUCUCACUCACAUCAAGGACUUGACUUUGACAAAGGAGAAAGGCCAGAUCGGAAGUCCUGCCUACACUGCGGACAAGCAAGUCUUCCAUACUGAUGCUGGCGACAUCGUGUCUCUUUUCGCACUCUCUACUGCCGCUGAGGGGGGCACCAGUAAGCUUGCUAGCAUUGCCCGAGUGUAUAAUGAAAUCGCCAAGACACGACCUGAUCUCAUCCAUACUCUGACCGAGGACUGGCAAUUUGAGGUCUUCGGCAAGCCUGAAAAGUCUUUCACCUCCCGUCCCCUGGUUCACUACCAGCCUGCCACGGCAACGACUCCGGAGCGCCUAGCUGUCCAGUACGCUCGUAGGUACUUUGUCGGCUAUGGUGCGCUUCCUCGAAGCGAAGAAAUCCCUCCCAUUAGCGAGGCACAAGCUGAGGCUCUUGAUACGCUCCACUUCCUUGGAGAAAAGUUCGCGGUCUCCUUGGACUUUCAGAAAGGCGACAUCCAGUAUGCCAAUAACAUGGGUAUCUUCCACGCAAGAGAUGGUUUCACCGACACUCAGGAGCAACAACGCCACUUGUUAAGACAGUGGCUACGCGACCCAGAGUAUGCGUGGGAGACGCCUGGACCCUUGAAGGAACGAUGGUCCCAAUUGUACGAUAAUGUCACACCAGAGGCUCAGGUGUUUCCACUUGAGCCGUUCAUCCGUAGCGAAGGAAACAAGAGCAAGGGGCGAGAAUGA